CUCCAGUCCCAUUCAUCCCACAAGCCACGAAACUCAAAAGCUCAAAAACCCAAUCCGCGAAAGUGCUAGAGCGAAUCCCCCUCCCUCCCAUCCCAUGGCGAACCGCUACGACAACACCAGCAGCUGGUCCCCCUUCCCAGCGCCCGCGACGAGCCUGAUCUGGCCUCACGGCGGCGCCGCCUCCUGCAGGUUCUCCUCCUCUCCCGCCGCCUUCGAGAACGACGCGCUCGCCUCCGCGCUGCUCCAGGCCUCCAUGAUGCCGCCGCCGCCUUCGUCCCCGACCCCGUCCUCCUCCACCACCACCUCCUCCGCGUCCGAGCUCUCCUCCGUCCACCACCACGACACGCCCGCGCCCGCGCCGCACGGCGCGGCGGCCAACAACAAGGUCCAGGCGCGGCGCGGCAAGGGCCGCGGCGGCGUCUCCAAGCGGAAGCCGAAGCCCCGGCCGUCUCGCCGCGCGCCGACCACCUACAUCAGCGCCGCCCCGGCCGACUUCCGCCGCAUGGUGCAGGAGGUCACCGGCCUCGCCGUCCCCGCCGGCGCCGGCGCCGCCGCGGCGUGUCCGGUGGCGUCCGCGUCCUGGCCUCAGGACCAGCUCGCGUUCGUGCUCCCGACGCUGGACACGUCCGCCUCCUUCAUGCUCGACCGCGCGCCGCUGUUGCCGCCACUGCAGCGCUGGGAUGACAAGGCCAAGGCGUCGUCGGACGGAGCAGCGACCGCAAUGGCUGCGCCGACAGCGAGGGAGGAGACGGUACCGGAGGACUACCCGUCGCUGUUCCUGAUGCGGGAGCUGGAGAUGAUGGUUGGCGCGCCGGCCGCCGCGUCCUCCUUCCCGACAUUGGAGAGCUGGGGAAUGAUCUGACCUGAUGAUUUAGUUUAGUCCUUCUCUCUUUGGCCGUGCUAGCGCCUUUUAGGUUCUUCUGAUCCGUCCGAUCGAUGCGGGGGUCGGAAGUGGUCGAUGCUUAGCUAAGAUCGUAGUAGAUGCUGUUGUAGAAACUACUCCUUUUUGUUGUGAUCAUGGUAGGAAUGCUCGGGUGUUUUUGCUUUUGUAAAAUAUUUCUAGUGGCUAAUGAAGAUGUUAUUCACUCCUA